GAUAACAUUCUUGGGGUCCACCAUAUUGGAAGAGUCGGAAGGAAAAACCUGGAAUAUUUGCAAAAUAUUUUGUCGCAACAUAGUCAAAAUUCUUGUAACACCAACAUCGGAAUAGCUAACGUUGCAAGCAAAUUAUGUGCCUGAAAUAAAGCCAAUUACUUUCGUGAUCAACUCACCCCUGUCGAGGAGACAGUGAGCGCUGGUGGGCCUUUGCCUGUUUUGCAGUCUUUUUCUUACCACACCACACCAAACCAUGGACCAGGACUAUGAACGCCGGCUGCUGAGGCAGAUCAACAUCCAGAAUGAGAAUGCCAGCCCUAUCAAAGUAACAGAGGUAAUGAGGGCUUUGACUCCCAGCAGCUCCCCCUUGUCUUCCCCAAGCAAGCACGGUGACCGGUUCAUCCCGUCCCGGGCUGGGGCCAACUGGAGCAUUAACUUCCACCGGAUCAACGAGAACGAGAAGUCACCCAGUCAAAACCGAAAGACAAAGGAUGCUACAUCUGACACUAACAAAGCAGAUGGGCUGGCAUAUUCUGCCUUGCUGAAGAACGAGCUCCUGGGUGCCGGCAUUGAGAAGGUCCAGGACCCGCAGACAGAGGACCGUCGACUACAGCCCUCCACCCCUGAGCGGAGGAGCCUCUUUAGUUACUCCCUAAGUGCAAAGCGGUCCACACCAGAUGAUGGUAAUAGCGUCUCUCCCUACUCCUUGUCACCUGUCAGCAGCAAGAGUCAGAAGCUGUUGCGGUCACCCCGGAAACCAACACGGAAAAUCUCCAAGAUUCCCUUCAAAGUGCUGGACGCCCCCGAGCUGCAGGAUGACUUCUACUUGAACCUGGUGGACUGGUCCUCCCUGAACGUGUUGAGCGUGGGCCUGGGCACCUGCGUCUAUCUGUGGAGUGCCUGCACCAGCCAGGUGACACGGCUGUGUGAUCUGUCAGUGGAAGGGGACUCGGUCACCUCAGUGGGCUGGUCAGAAAGGGGUAAUCUGGUUGCUGUGGGCACACAUAAGGGCUUUGUGCAGAUCUGGGACGCAGCCGCUGGUAAGAAGCUUUCCACAUUGGAGGGACACACGGCGAGAGUGGGUGCGCUCGCGUGGAACGCGGACCAGCUUUCCUCUGGGAGCCGGGAUCGCAUGAUUCUGCAGCGGGACAUCCGAACGCCGCCCCUGCAGUCAGAGCGUCGGCUCCAGGGGCACCGGCAGGAGGUGUGCGGCCUCAAGUGGAGCACAGACCACCAGCUGCUGGCUUCUGGAGGCAACGACAACAAGCUCCUGGUGUGGAACCACUCGAGCGUGCUUCCCGUGCAGCAGUACACAGAGCACCUGGCCGCAGUAAAAGCCAUCGCCUGGUCCCCCCACCAGCACGGCUUGCUAGCCUCCGGCGGGGGCACGGCCGACCGCUGCAUCCGCUUCUGGAACACGCUGACGGGCCAGCCUCUGCAGUGCACCGACACCGGCUCCCAGGUCUGCAACCUGGCCUGGUCCAAACACACCAACGAGCUGGUCAGUACUCAUGGCUACUCCCAAAACCAGAUCCUAGUAUGGAAAUAUCCCUCCCUAACACAAGUGGCCAAACUGACAGGGCACUCCUACAGAGUCCUCUACUUGGCCAUGUCACCAGACGGGGAGGCCAUCGUUACCGGUGCUGGAGAUGAGACUCUGCGAUUCUGGAAUGUGUUCAGCAAAACGCGGUCAACUAAGGAAUCUGUAUCGGUUCUCAACCUGUUUACUAGAAUACGGUAAUGUUGAGGUGCUAUCCGGGGAAGAGGAGUUAUGGACUUCAACAAGGGAAACGGUGGCUUCAUCAUUCAAUGCACAUCUCAACCUGCAAGUUCCUUAUUCCCAACACUGCCUUCUGACAAAGAGGAGCACAUAAAGUGAAGACAUUCUUCCUCCUUCUGUUUGUUUACAAAGGGACUUGGUUUUUGGGAUCUGCCAAAUACAGAUUUAAAGUUGUUUUUUUUGUUUUGUUUUUUUCUUCUUCAACUGUACAGUUCUUGUUUUUUUGUUUUUUUUGUGUGUGUGUGUGUGUGUGUGUGCACGCGUGUGUGUGUGUGUAUGUCUAAGCGCUGUCUUUUGUACCAGUUGUUUGUGUUAACAGCCUUAAAGUUAAAACCAAUGACAUAACCAUAGGACUUGAAAACACAUGGGCACCAUUUUAAUUUUCUGCAGUUGUAAUUUAUUUACCAGAUAAAAUAUUUUUAAGUUGUUAAAUGAGGCAAAUUUGAAGAAUAAUGAUAAUCAGGAGUGGAACUUACAGCAAAGCAAAAUAGUUGUUUUUAAAUUACAGUCGUACUGUAAAAUGUAAUUUCCACUAUCAGGUGGUCCUUUGCUACAAAGGACUUGAUCCAAAUCACUUAGUCAAUGAAAAAAAAUCCGUCUUCAUUUUUCGAGGUACUUGUUUCCAGUUUAGUAACUAUCUAAGUUUUACUUAUUCAUAGGAAGACCCAAUUUGGUUAAUACUUAACAGACAGGAUGAUGUUUAUGUCUACAUUGCAUUGUUUUUUUUUUUUUGUGGUCAUUUGAAUCUUUAAAAAAAACAAAAAAAAAAACAGUCGGUAAUGCUUUUCCUCCAGAUCAGUCAGUUUCAGUUCCAUCAUGCAUGUUACAUUUGGCAACAUACAGCUUUGUAGUUUAAAAGGGAAGUUUAAAGGGAAACAUUCAAUUUUUUUGUUGAACUGCAAAAUUCUGUAGGAAAUAAUUUUACUUCAUACUUAGGUUUUUUUAAUUGUGAUGGUAUUAAUGUGGCAAUAUAUUAUUUCUACCACCCUGUACAAUCUGACAUGAAUAGAACAAAUAAAUCCAUGUAGCUUUCUAGCAGUUGAUACAUUGAAGCAAAUUAAGCAAAAGGCGAAGUAAUUAUCAAGAAUGAAAACUGACCGUUUUCCCCAAUGUAACUUACAGAAAUAUUUUCUAUUCAAGUCCCAUUAUUAAACCUAGUUGGGUAUUUUAUUUUAGUUCAGGUCAUAUUUCCCAUGGCACUUCUAUAAUAUCUCAUUUCAAAUUACAAAGCAGGAUGUGUGGAAGAAAGAUUUUGACUUUCCCUACUUAAAAACGUAAAAACGUUCAGGAUGCCUGUUUUAUAUUCUCGAGUAGCUCAUUUUUUGUUUGUGGAGGUUUGAAUGUACUUUCUGUACCACUAGAGUGAAUGGUAUUUAUUUGACUUGUGCAACGAUAUUAUUAGUGAUGUGAGUUAAACUUUAUACAAGCAGAAUGUGGAUCACCUGUUUGUGUCCCAAGGUUUUAUAGUCAUUUGUUUUAUUUUCUUCUGAGAUCAUAACUGCCAACUUGAAAAGCUUAAAGAAUGUAAAAAAACGAAAUCAAAGAAUUUAUUUACUGAAGAAUUUAAAUAAAUUCAGAUUUAUGGCC